UGCCCACCCCGCAUCAGGGGGCGCAGUGUGCGCGCCACCGCCACCGUCCACGUCGUGACGCCUAAGCGUCGGCGUCGACGUCGACGGCGGCAACGUCAGCCGCAGCGACGACGUCCGGGGACAUCUGUGCGAAUGUCGACGAAGUCGCGGCAAGCUCCUGUCAAUCAAUAUUUUCGUUCUUCAAGUUGUUACAGCAGGCGCGCCACUUGUUUGCACUAAGCGCCGCUCAGUGACAAUCAGUGAUACUAGAUUUGAAACGCAACAGUAAGCAGUACUGACAAUCAAUGUGACUAAUCGAGUGGAAUAUGUUGUCUGUGAUGUCCUUUAGAAGUUCUAUGUUUCCAGGACAACAGUGUUACUGAUGUACGUGGGGUAAAAUGCGGGGUUGAAACCUAACCAACGGAAGGAACAUUUGCGACGUAGUUGCAGGUACGAAUGCUAAGAAGCGCCGCAAAGCUGAAGAACAUGGAAAGGACGCAGGGGCUCUUUGGUGAUGUACGACAGCGCUAGCUGUUCGUACGCAGGUGCGCUCGAAUUAAAGGGAGCCUCCGGGGCCGGAGCCGCGGCCGCGGCCGCCGCCGGUGUUACCGCGGCCGGCGUCAAGCAGGAGAAUUGGCCGUACCGCGGCCUCACCUGCGGCAGCACCUUUCAACGGCUCAAGGAGAGCGUCGACAAGGCGAAACAGGCCCUCGCCGAUCGCAAUGGUUACCUGGCGGGUGCGUUUUCGCCGCCUCCGCGCGCCAACCCGUCCACCAUUUCACCGACCGCUUCCAUCACCGAUGCUGGCAGCUCUUAUAAAGGAGGCUGGAGCCACGCUACGUCGCCGGCACCUGGUCAGGGCUAUGGAAGCAGCUUAUCGAAGACAGCACUGGACACGCACAGCCAUCUCAGGCAGCCUGAUCCCUACCAAAUGUUCGGGGCAACGAGCAGUCGGCUCGCGAGCUCCGGUUCCGGUCAGAUUCAGCUCUGGCAGUUUCUACUCGAGCUUCUGUCUGACUCGAGUAACGCCGCGUGCAUCACGUGGGAAGGAACUAACGGCGAAUUCAAGUUGACCGACCCUGACGAGGUGGCGAGACGAUGGGGCGAGAGGAAGUCCAAGCCUAAUAUGAAUUACGACAAAUUGUCGAGGGCUCUGAGGUACUACUACGACAAGAACAUCAUGACGAAGGUGCACGGCAAGAGGUACGCGUAUAAGUUCGAUUUCCAGGGGCUGGCGGCCGCGACGCAGCCGGCGGCGGCCGAUCCGGCGGCGUACAAGUACCAGAGCGAGCUCUUUAUGUCCGGUUACGGCCACGCCAAGCUGAACCUCAUGCCGCCGCCGGCGGCGUCGGUCUCGGUUUCCGUUCCCGGCGGCCUCUUCCAAUCUGCGUCGAGCUACUGGUCGACGAGUCCGGGCGCCAACUUGUACGCCGGGCAUCACACGGCCUCCGGACACGUGCCACCGCAUCUCGGCACCUAUCCGCAUUACGCAUGACCCGCCGCCGAGCACUGGGGUGCCCUGGGCACGC